AUGGAGCUGGUCACGACGACCGCCACCUUAGCACUGAUGCUGACGCUGGUGGCACUGAUGCUGCUGCUGCCGUAUCACGGCGUUGCAGCCGCUAUUACGGCCGAUUUGUCUGCCUUGGCAGGCAGCAGCAGUAGCUUGAGUGUGCUGUACCGGUUCAGUGCUCUCGCCAGCCGGAGGCUCCUGCUGGGUUUACCGUCGGCGAUGCUUACGCUCGGAAUCAGCUGGAUGCUGGUGCCGUUACCAGUUGUUCAAGCCGGAUACCAUGAAAAGCGGCUGCUGCAUCAUCUAUUGGAUAACUACAACGUGCUGGAACGCCCGGUCGUCAACGAGUCUGACCCGCUACAGCUCAGCUUCGGUCUGACGUUGAUGCAGAUCAUCGAUGUGGACGAGAAAAAUCAGCUGCUGAUUACCAACAUUUGGCUGAAAUUGGAAUGGAACGACAUGAACGUCCGGUGGAACUCGACCGAGUACGGUGGCGUACGGGAUUUGCGGAUACCACCACAUCGACUUUGGAAGCCGGAUGUGCUGAUGUACAACAGCGCCGAUGAAGGCUUCGACGGAACUUAUCCAACCAAUGUGGUGGUCCGAAAUAACGGUUCCUGUCUGUACGUGCCGCCAGGUAUUUUCAAGUCCACCUGCAAGAUCGACAUCACCUGGUUCCCGUUCGACGAUCAACGGUGCGAGAUGAAGUUCGGCUCCUGGACGUACGAUGGCUUUCAGCUAGAUUUGCAGCUGCAAGACGAGUCCGGUGGCGAUAUCAGCAGUUUUAUAACAAACGGCGAGUGGGAGCUACUGGGAGUCCCCGGGAAACGAAAUGAAAUCUACUACAACUGCUGCCCCGAGCCUUAUAUCGACAUCACGUUUGCCAUUCUGAUCCGGCGGAAGACGUUGUACUACUUCUUCAACCUGAUCGUACCGUGCGUGCUGAUCGCUUCGAUGGCCCUGCUCGGAUUCACACUGCCACCGGAUUCCGGCGAAAAACUGUCCCUCGGAGUCACCAUUCUGCUGUCACUUACUGUCUUCCUUAACAUGGUGGCGGAAACCAUGCCGGCCACUUCGGACGCCGUGCCUCUGCUAGGAACGUACUUCAAUUGCAUCAUGUUCAUGGUAGCCUCAUCGGUUGUGUCCACGAUUCUGAUUCUGAACUAUCAUCAUCGAAAUGCUGACACACACGAGAUGUCAGAUUGGAUCAGGGUAGUAUUUCUUUCUUGGCUGCCAUGCAUCCUUCGAAUGAGUCGGCCCGGAGAGCCGUUUCCACACCCAUGUCGCCAGUCAGUAGACGAAAAAAAUAAACAAUUGCAGGAAGUGGAAAUGCGCGAAAGGUCUUCCAAAUCAUUAUUAGCUAACGUACUGGAUAUCGAUGAUGAUUUCCGUUGCAACCAUCGGUGCAGCACACUGCCCCACAAUCCUACCUAUUACCGGACAAUGUACCGGCAGGGAGACGACGGUAGCGUUGGCGUGCUAACCGGAGGUGGAGGCGUAGGCGGAACGGAUACCAUCGGUCGCAGUGGCGGACUUGGCACAAUUAGUGCUGCCACCGGUGGCCGCUUGCACGAAACCGUAUCCUCGCACACCUGCCUAAGCUCGUCGGCCGAAUACGAACUGGCAUUAAUACUGAAGGAACUUCGGUACAUCACCGAUCAGCUUCGGAAGGAGGACGAAAAUGGUGAAGUGACCCGGGACUGGAAGUUUGCCGCCAUGGUGGUCGACCGUUUGUGCCUUAUCAUCUUUACCCUGUUCACGAUCAUCGCGACGCUGGCUGUAUUAUUUUCAGCGCCUCAUUUUAUCGUUUCAUAACAACCAUCAUCACCAACAACCGCAGCCACAGCAGCACCAGCUACGACAACAACAACAACAACAACAUCAACAACUGCAACCCACUCAUCCUACCCGACGACAACGCCGUCAACAAAUCAAGGACAUGCCGACGGCAAUGUUGAUCUUGAGAUCAUUGGAAUUCUUCAUCCAAGCAAUGCAUCCACAGCGGAUGAUCCAACCUCGUGGAUACUUAUCGGAGGAACGCUGGCCGUGGUGGUCCUGGUUGCAGCCCUGGCAUCACUCACCCUCUUGCUGGCGGCUCUGGUGCUGCUGGGCAAUGGGACGCUCAUUCAACUGUUUGCGGUGACUGAUUAUAAGUUAAGAAAGUACGUUCAUAUUUUCGUGAAAAGUUUUAAAUUGAUAAACGAUGCGUAAGAGAAACAUAACUCGUGCAAACGAUAACGACUCGACAGUAAAAGCAGUAAUCACUCCGCUUAGCGGUGAUAGGUAAAUCAUGGUAGACAUCCAAUGAGAUCGGUUUUUUAAUGAAACGAAUAGUUUCCUCGGUAAUGUAGUAGCAAGGGUAGUUUUUCGUCUACUUUUUAAAUUUUUCCCUUUUAUAAGUGAUUUAGAAGAAAUGUCUGCCAGUGAAGAUCUAUCCUGGCAUUGCACAUUGAACCUUUUUAGAUAAGUUGACUUCGAACUACUAUUAUUCGCGUUAGGGCGAUGAAAUGUAGCGAAUUACUUGAAUUCAAUCCGGUUUCUAUAUUUACAUCAGAACUAACAUUGCAAACAUGUACAUAACUGAUAGAUUUUAUUAGACCACACUAGGCACAGUUCGGCGUCUGGAGUUACAACUAU